AGCAAAACCUCUCCCACCUUCCUUUGUCACACUUCAAAGCAAUUUUUCAACUUCCCAUUUUUAAACAUCCCUAUUAUCUUCCCUUCUAUUAAUAUUUUCCAACUGCCCAUUUAUUGAAGGCACCAUUCUACUUCAUAAUGACCAAAAUACCCCCACGCUCUCUUUAAGUAAUAAAACAAAACCAUCAGAUUCACAAAACCUCCAAAAAGACUAUUUUCGUCAAUUCCACUCAAACCCAAUUCAGUUACAUAUCAAUACAGCCUUUGCCCUUCUUCAAGAUAAGCUCAUCGGACUUUUGACUCUCUCCUUGUUCUUCAAAGCUCCGACGACCACUCGCCCGAAAAUCUGACCCACCUCACCGGAAAAUCUGACCCACAUCAUCGGAAAAUGAUUUUCUUUCCAAAUCUUUGAAAAAACCAAGAUGGGUCGAGAGAAAAUCAACAAACAAUCAAAGCAAAAAGACAAGAACCGGCCGGAGUCAUCCGCCGGAGAACCCAAUCUCCAGCGAGCCAUAGAACUCGUAACCUCUCUAAUCUCUCUCUCUCACUCAAUUAAAGUCUUUGCAGUGAAAUGGCAAUCGAUUCGCAACAAGCUUGAAGACCUCCUCUCCUGCCUCACCGCCGUCGGAAACUGCGAUUCCGGCGAAAACCCAUCCCUCUCCGGCAAAGUUCCGGCGAUACUAGACACAAUCAACGAGUGCUCUGACCUUGCAAAGCGAUGCGUCGAGAUUUCCUACAGUGGGAAGCUCUUAAUGCAAAGCGAUUUGGAUAUAAUCUGUGCGAAAUUCGAUACCCAUAUCAAGAAUCUCUCAGAAAUCUACACUUCCGGAUUGAUCAGAGACAGCUAUGCCAUUGUUGUUUCGAGGCCGAGCGUCGGAGCUUCUCGUGAAGACAUGAAAUUCUAUCUGAAUGACUUGUUGUCGAGGCUAAAGAUCGGUGGCAGAGAAUUGAAGAAACAAGCUUUGAUUGCCUUCAAUGAAGUCAUUCAUGAGGAUGACAAGUAUAUAAAGGUUGCUGUUGAGACUGGAAGUUUUUUUGGGUUCUUGGUGAACUUUCUUGAUUCUCAAGAAACUGAGCUUCAAGAAGAGGCUGCCAAGGCGGUGUCACUGAUUGCUGGGUUUGAUUCAUGUAAGAGUCUUUUAGUCAGUGCCGGUGCUCUCGCGCCGUUGAUUAGAGUUUUGGAGAGUGGAAGUGAAAUGGGUAAACAAAGGUCUGCAAGGUGUUUGAUGAAAUUAACCAAGAAUUCGGACAAUGCUUGGUCUGUAUCAGCUCAUGGUGGAGUCACUGCUCUGUUGAAGAUAUGUACUAAUGGUGAUUGUGGUGGUGAAUUGGUUGGUUUGGCUUGUGGGGUUUUGAAAAAUCUUGUUGGGGUUCAAGAAAUCAAGAGAUUCAUGGUUGAAGAAGGGGCGAUUUCAGCUUUUAUUAAGCUUUUGAGGUCUAAAGAUGAAGUUUCACAGAUAAAUUCUAUUGAAUUUCUUCAAACGAUGGCUUUUGGGGAUGAAACAAUCAGGCAAAUAAUUGUUAGAGAAGGUGGGAUUCGCGUGCUCGUUCGUGUUUUGGAUCCCAAAUCAUCUUUUUCAUCGAAAGCUCGAGAGAUGGCCUUAAGGGCAAUUGUGAAUUUGUGUUUCUCAUCAAUGAGUACUGUGAAUAUUUUGAUGAAUUUUGGUUUUAUGGAUCAUAUACUCUAUUUUCUUCGCAAUGGUGAGGUUUCGAUUCAAGAAUUGGCGUUGAAGGCGGUUUCUAUGUUAUCUGGGAUGUCACAGGUGGCCAAGAAAGCAAUGGGUGAUUCUGGGUUCAUGCCAGAACUUGUUAAAUUGCUCAGCGCAAAAUCAUUUGAAAUUCGCGAAAUGGCUGCUGAGGCACUCUCUAGCAUGGUUUUAGUCUCCAGAAAUCGAAAACGCUUUGUGCAGAAUGAUCAAAAUGUCAGUUCACUUAUGCAAUUGCUUGAUCCAGAAGAGGGAAAUUCAAGUACAAGAAAGGUAUUGUUAUCUAUAUUAAUGUCACUUUCAAGUAGCAACAGUGCAAGAAAAAAAAUUGUACAUUCUGGGUAUUUGAAGAACAUAGAAAAACUUGCAGAGGCUGAGGUCCCUGAUGCCAAAAAGAUUGUCAGGAAGUUGUCAUCUAAUAGACUCAGCAAUAUGUUGAGAGGACUCUGGCAUUCUUGAAUGCAAUUCUAUUUUUUUUUUGGUUCUUGUAUAUCUACAAAAGUGUUUUCUAUGUUCUUAAAACUUGUUCAUAAGUCUCAAAUAUGUUACUUUUUCUUUGCAAGAGAGUUCAGAACACCUAUAUAUGUUUUAGCCUGUGACCAUUAAUGUAGAUCCCAAUAAAAUCGUCUAUUGGUACAAGGGUUUUUGAUAAUGAUAUACUAUGUUUUAUCAGUA